CAAGAACAAAGGGCUGUUAAGAACAGAAGGCUGUCGAGGGUAUUCGCGAAGGCACAGAGGGCUGUCAAGAACAGAGGGCUGUCGAGGGUAUUCGCGAAGGCACAGAGGGCUGUUAAGAACAGAGGGCUGUCGAGGAAGGCUGUCGAGAACAGAGGGCUGUCGAGGGUAUUCACAAAGGCACAGAGGGCUGUCAAGAACAGAGGGCUGUCGAGGGUAUUUGCGAAGGCACAGAGGGCUGUCGAGGGUAUUCGUAAAGGCAUAGAGGGCUGUUAA